CGAAUUUCUGCCUUGGCUUCACGUAACAAUGGCGGAUCAAGAAACGAAUGGUUAUAACGAUGAAGCAAGUGAUUUUAAGCGUAAAAGCAAUGCUAAUCUUCGCGAGAUCGACCCAGAGGAUGACGGUGAAGAAGCGAGCAAACAGUCGGAAAAAGUGCAGGAGUACAUAAGAAACAUACUGAACGAGCGGGUAGCUUUGGAUCGUAAAUAUCCCAUCGCUGAUCGGUUGUUACAACUGGAGAUUGAAACUGCACAGAAAAAUGGUAAACCUCCCGCUAGACGCUACAUUGAUAUUUACCGGGAAAAGCCCAUCAAACUGCAGGUGAAAGUAAUUGUGCCAGUGAAGGAACAUCCAAAGUUCAAUUUCGUCGGUAAACUUCUAGGGCCGAAGGGAAACUCAUUGAAACGGUUGCAGGAAGAAACGAUGUGCAAAAUGGCAAUCCUUGGUCGUGGUUCGAUGAAAGAUCGCAAAAAGGAAGAGGAACUCCGGUUAGCAAUGGAUCCUAAAUAUGCCCACCUCAAUGAUGAUCUGCACGUAGAGAUUAAUGCACUGGGUCCACCGGCGGAAGCGCACGCCCGCAUUGCAUACGCACUAGCCGAGGUGCGGAAGUUUCUCAUUCCGGAUAGCAACGAUUUCAUCCGGCAGGAGCAAAUGCGUGAAAUGUUGGAAGAUCCUGAUUGUGAUCUACCGGUGAAAAAAGCGUUCAAAAAAUCGAUCACUCCACAUACGACGGUUCAUGAUGGUCCACCAUCGUCUAGCUCACCAGUACCUGGCCCAUCCCGCGCGGUACCACCACAAAGGAAGAUCUUUUCAAUUCUGGACAAAGCACGUGCGGCGCUAGAAGACAGCCAUUUUCCGCGUUCCACUACGGUAAGAUACGAAGAGCCACGGUACGAACGGGAACAAUUCGAAUCAUCGUACUGUUACCAUCAACCACCUCCACCUCGACUAAAGUAUGAGACCAAUAAUUAUAAUGACGAUUACCGGAGAGAUUACUACCGCAAUUCCAGUUCUUACUCUGGUUCGAUCGCCGUUUUUCAUCAUUCUCGGCUGCCAUCGCAAGACGUCAUCAACAACAUGUACCCGUAUUAUGAGACCGACUGGAGCAUUCUACCGCCGGAGCACAAUCGAAGGUAUAGUCCAGGACUGACCAUCAACAACAUUAAACAGGUGAUCAACGAAACAAUCGAAACAAAUAUCUUACGAAAACCGGCACCGACACGCUUGCGGGAGCUCAUACGACAGAUCCGGGCCUGCCGAACAGCGGCCGAGGAACGUGCGGUAGUCAACACAGAAUGUGCCUACAUCCGGAGUACCUUCCGCGAGACGGAUUGUAUCUGGAAGUGUCGCAAUAUGGCAAAGUUGCUGUACAUCCACAUGCUCGGCUAUCCGGCCCACUUCGGACAGGUGGAAUGUCUAAAACUGGCCGCAAGCUCAAAGUACACCGACAAACGGAUAGGGUAUCUGGGCGCGAUGCUGUUGCUGGAUGAGCGUACCGAUGUGCACGUGUUGCUUACGAACUGCCUUAAAAACGAUCUCAACAGUCCCACACAGUUUGUCGUAGGUACUGCACUGUGCACACUAGCCGCCAUCGCAUCGCCCGAGAUGGCCCGGGACCUGUGCAACGAUGUCGAGCGUCUGAUCGUGUCCACCAAUGCGUUCCUGCGGAAAAAAGCGAUCCUCUGUGCCUUCCGGUUUGUGCGCCGCGUCCCAGAGCUGAUGGAGGAUUAUCUGCCAAAGUGUGAAGUGUUUCUGGCAGACAAAAACCACGGUAUCCUGAUCGCCACCAUCACGCUGAUCACGGAGAUGUGCGAACAGAGCGUGGCCGUGUUGCGGUACUUUAAAUCCAUCAUUCCCACACUCGUUCGCAUGCUGAAAUCGCUCACCGUGACUGGUUAUUCACCGGAGCAUCUUGUCAGUGGUGUAAGCGAUCCAUUCCUGCAGGUUAAGAUACUACGUUUAUUGCGUGUACUCGGUCAUGGCGAUCCAACACAGUCGGAAAUUAUGAACGACGUACUAGCGCAGGUUGCCACCAAUACGGAAACGAGCAAAAAUGCCGGCAAUGCGAUCCUGUAUGAAACGGUUCUCACAAUUAUGAACGUCGAAUCGGAAAACAGUUUGCGUGUGUUGGCAGUUAACAUUCUCGGACGCUUUCUGCUGAACAACGACAAAAACAUUCGCUUUAUCGGGUUGCUAACGCUCGUCAAGACCGUGCACAAGGACAUGACGGCGGUACAGCGACAUCGCAUAACGAUCCUCGAGUGCCUUUCGGACGGUGAUCCAUCGAUACAGCGAUGUGCUAUGGAACUGUCCUUCACCCUCAUCAACACACAGAACAUCGAAAUGGUUGUACGGGAGCUACUGCGGUAUCUCGAAUCCACCGAUGCCGAAAUGAAGGCGCUCUGCAGCAGCAAGAUCGUACUCGCGGCCGAAACAUAUUCGCCUUCGAUCCGUUGGCAUCUCGAUGUAUUACUGAAAAUUCUUACAAUCGCCGGUAAUAACAUCCGGGACGACGUGAUCUCGUCCACCAUACAGCUCAUCUCGAACAGUCCGCAGCACGAGCAGCGAUUCAUUACCAACAAGAUGUGGGAGGCUAUCAUGAACAUGAACCAGCUCGAGAACCGGCAACCAUUGGUGCAGGUGGCCGUGUGGGCGAUCGGUGAAUAUGGGGAAGCUGGAGGAUUCGAUGAGUUCGAACUAAUUGAACACUAUCGGCAACUGUUGUGGGCACCGCAGCUAUCAAUCACCACCAAGCAGUACAUUCUGGUAUCGUUGGCCAAAAUCAGCGUUCGAAUAGAUGGCUGUACACCGGACAUUCAAAACAUCAUCAACUCGUUCCGAGUGCACAUGAAUAUCGAUCUGCAGCAGCGAGCAAACGAAUUUUCGCAACUGUUCACCAACUACAAACACCUUCGGAACUCAUUGCUCGAGAAGAUGCCAAAGUUAAAACUAUCAGAACUGACCACCUCAGAAUACAAUGCUGACUUUGCGUCCCCAGAUUCAACCGAAGUUGAACAGCAGCAAGAAGAACCGGUCUCUGUUCAGGAACCAUCGAACCAAGACAUAUUGCUGGAUUUGUUGGGUGAUUGUUUCAGCAGUGAUGGGAACGGUAAUAAUGCACUUGCCGUUGUGCCCGUCUCGCAACCGCUGUCCACAACUCAGCCCUAUUUGCAAACGACGAGCUUUAAUCAAAGCGCACUAUCAUCGUAUAAUAAUAAUGGACCAAUGGCAGCUGGCACUACCGACAGCAUAAUGGAUGUACUUGGUCUAGCAGCACCAAACCAAACGCAUCAGACAAUCGAUCAUACUACGAUACCCGCGAUCGACGUUUACAACAAGGACGACGUCUAUAUCCGAUUCUUUAUCCAUCCCUAUCCCACCAUGGGCGAACAGCCACCAUCAUCCACCGGAGCUCGUAUCACCGUACAAACAACCAAUGGAUCCCAAGCUACAAUCGAGAAGUUCCUCUUCCAGGCAGCCGUGCCGAAAUCGUUCGUACUGACGCUACGUGAACCGUCCAGCACGGUGAUGCCCCCGGGCGGAACGAUCAUGCAGGAUCUGUUGAUUGCACGUCAAACAUCGCCCACCCUAGGUGGCACCGGGUUACGCAUGAAGGUUCGCUUUUCGUACGAAAUUGAAAAUUACUCCAUGAUGGAACAGAUUGAUGUGAACGAGUUUCCGAACGGUUUUCUGCGCUAGCAGUAAAACAAUCGUUAAGCGUUAACGUAGGAUAGCCAGGAGUUGAAAGUAAGCCAACCGAUUGAAUGGUAGGAUCGCCUUAGCACUUUGCAGAAAGUAACACAAUCCAGAUGAGAAAUAAAAAAUGUAAAUGCAUCUAUUGUUAGAAAGAACGUAUAAUGGUACAAAGCAUACGAUAAAACUGGGGAAAAGCCGCAUAAUCAUUCUUUUGUACAGUGUGUAAAGAGAGAGACACAACAGAACUGCACUAUACAAAUGGAAAAUUUACCGCGCUACAUGCCCAGAGAGAUAUAAUA